UUGCUCGGUGUGUCAUUCGUUGUUCAGAGCUCCUCCGUGAAGGGAAGCUCGUCGAUUUUAUAUCGCGUUCUGCCCCCCCUUUUGAGGAUAUUUUUGUGCAAUCAAUUUUCGGGAGUAAUUUUCCGAAUUUUCGUGCGAUUCGUGUGUUAUUGCGUGAUUUCCACGUUGGAUUACGUGUUUCGUGUAGUGAAAUGUCGAAAUAAGCGAGUUUAGUGCACUAAAAGUGCGCUCUAAGAUUGUGCAAAUUGUGUCAGAAAAAAGUUUUUUCUUCUCCUUUUUGUUGAGUGUUGGUGAGCGAUAGUGACCUUCCUGCAAGGCGCGUAUCAAAUAACAAAGCAAUUUCAGCGCAAGAAGCUUGGAAGACCGAUAAAAACAACAAAUUUCGAUACUGUCGGCGGAGGGUGUAAAAGAAUUUGCGCUCAGGAUUAUCCCACGCCCCCGAUAAUGGAGGAUUUCACACCUUUAAUAAAUCUACAGAGAAAGUAAACUGCAAAACGCUGUCCUCACCCUUCAUAAAAAAAAUCUACCUGCAAGGAUCUAAACGAUAAAUAAAAAAACCAGCACCAUUCAGCAGCGCAAAAAGCAAACAGAUUACAAUUUUCGCGCUGCUCGUCGUGAGGUUCCUGUUGCUCAACAGUGAGGGAGGACACAAACAGUCGCGAACCGAGAGUUCACAAUUCGGUUUUGCCAUCCAGCUCGCGAAGGAUGAAGGACGAGCGGGAUCCCCUGCUGGGUGGUUCGGACAACUCGCUGGACACCAACGAGCAACAGCACCUGCUAGCGAGGCCGGACCUGCGCAGUUCGCCGGAGAACAUGAUCGUGGACGUGGGUCAGGAAAACGACAGUCUUGUGCCCGGCAGCAGGGACGACCCAACGUACGGUUCGUCGGUGAACGAAACGUACGAUCCCUCGAUGCAUCGUACGCUGGAGCACCCCACGACUAACCUGGACACGAUGAUCCAUCUGUUGAAGGGCAACAUUGGCACCGGGAUUCUGGCGAUGCCGGAUGCGUUCAAGAAUGCUGGUCUGUACGUGGGACUGUUUGGGACGCUGUUGAUGGGCGUGAUUUGUACGCAUUGUAUGCACAUGCUGGUCAAGUGUUCGCACGAGCUGUGCCGGCGGCUCCAGGUACCGUCGCUAAACUUUGCCGAGGUGUGCCACCGGUCGUUCGAGUCUGGGCCGAUCGGCUUGCGGAGGUACUCAACGUUGGUCCGGAAUCUGAUCAACAUGUUCCUGGUGAUAACGCAGCUGGGCUUUUGCUGCGUGUACUUUGUGUUUGUCGCGGCGAACAUUCGUGAAGUUGUAGCGCACUACUAUUUCGAUCUGGACACGAGAAUCUACCUGCUGCUGCUGCUCAUCCCGAUGGUGCUGCUGAACUUGGUCAAGAACCUCAAGUAUUUGACGCCGAUUUCGCUGAUUGCCGCGUUUCUGACCGUUGCUGGUCUCACGUGCACGUUCUACUACGUGCUGCAGGAUCUGCCCAACACGCACACCGUCAAACCGUUCGCUACCUGGGCCCAGCUGCCGCUGUACUUUGGCACGGCCGUGUACGCGUUCGAAGGAAUUGGGAUUGUGCUUCCGCUGGAGAACAACAUGAAAACGCCGGAGGACUUUGGCGGCAUGACCGGAGUGCUCAACACCGGCAUGGUCAUCGUUGCCUGUCUGUACACGGCCGUCGGCUUCUUCGGCUAUCUCAAGUACGGUGAAGACGUGCAGGGUAGCAUCACGCUAAAUCUUCCAGGCGAUCAAUUCAUCGCCCAGCUGGUCCGCAUCAUGAUGGCCCUCGCGAUCUUCUUCUCGUACGGGCUGCAGUUCUACGUACCCAUCUCGAUCCUGUCGCCGUCCGUCAAGCGACGGCUCCACUCCGAGCAGGCCCAGCUAAUCGGUGAGUAUCUGAUGCGCGUUGGUUUGGUAGUGUUCACCUUUCUCCUGGCGGCCAUGAUUCCGAACCUGGGAGCGGUCAUUUCGCUGGUCGGAGCCGUCAGCAGCAGCACGCUGGCGUUGAUCUUUCCGCCGUUGAUCGAAAUCGUCACCUUCUGGCCGGACGGCCUCGGCAAGCACUACUGGGUGCUGUGGAAGGACAUUGGCAUCAUGAUGUUUGGCAUUUGUGGGUUCGUGUUCGGCACGUACACCAGCGUGGCACAAAUCAUCAACCCGAAUCUGCACUAAAUUCGGGUUGAGUUGAGCGGAAAUGCACACACACACACAAAGCGCGCAGAAUUACGUACUAUGCGAGCGUGCAUGUAGGAUAUGGAUAUUCUUAAAUUUUUAAGAAUCUGAAGCUGUAAAUUAUAUUAUCGAAAGUGAAACAAUAACACAUAUAUUUAUAGUAUUGCGCGUAAGAAAAGACACAAACUGUGCGUGGGAGAACUCCUACUAGUGAAAAGGGUGGAAUCUUAAGCUCUCAGUGUGAUUAUUACAUUUUAGUUUAGGCAGGUAACAGAGGCACUUUGGACUCGAAGCAAGCCCAACAGUGAGCUGUGUAUUAUCAUAAUAUAUUGUAGCAUUCUAAAAGCAGGCCGAGCUGGAGCAAGUGUUGCAAAAGUUUCUAAUGUAGACGCGUUACGUUACUUUUGCGUGUUUAUAGUCAAAUUUGUCGUGAUUGUAGACCAUCACUAAAACUACUUUGUUAAGAGAUACUACUAACCAAAAUUGCCACGAAUUAUGCCGUAAUAAAACGUUUAUACAGAAAGAUUUUUUUCUUUAUUUUGUUUUUUUUUUCUUUAAAAGCAAUUGAUUUUAUUAUUCUUCCAAUUCUUGGCAGGGUUGUCAUUUCUAAAAAUAUGUUGAUAUUCAGUACUUGUUCGGUAACUGAACUGGGCUGCUUUUUAAAAGGGGAGCGCGAUAACUGGACCGUAGCCCAGUUAAAAAGUAGACAAACGUCAAAAAACCAAAACACAUCGUAAUGACCAAAAAGUUAAUGGAUGCAAAAAUUAUGUUUAGUAAAACCCAUUUUUUAAACUUUUAUUUAAUUUCAAGUCAAGUUCAAGAAUUAUGAAAAGUAAGCAUUGUAAGUAAAUUUGAGUUACUUUUAUUUUUAUAUUUCAGCAGGAAAAUAUUUUGAAUCGGAUGUCCCCUCUUAAAUUUUCGUUAAGCCCAGUUACAGAACAUUUUUUUUUAUUUUUCAGAGGAAAAAAAUCUGUUAUAAAAUGACUAAAAUUAUAUUUUUGAAGGAAAGUGUAGUAAUUAGAAUAUUAUCAGAAUUUCUAAUUGUCUACAACCCUGCUUUUAUGACAACAGCUUAAAUAUCUUUUCUACCAAAACAAACAAAAAAGAGGCAUAAAAACCAUAAACUACAAUAUCUCGUAACGAUACGAUAGUCUUGCCAAUCCACUAUUAGCAUGACAAUAAUCUAUACAUCAGCAUAAAAUGUGUUGAAUAAGUAGCGUAAGCCUGUGAGGAAUUAUUUUCUAAAAAAAAACCUACGUUUAAACUGUCUGUACUCUACUCUAUUGAAACUCCUGUUACUAGACUAUCCGUGUUAAGUUUUCCUCUGCGACCAAUCUAUUCUUCACUGUGAAUUGUUUUCGAACCCAACUAUUGAUAUAAGUGUAGUACAAUUAUUUAGGCGGUAAAGAGACGCGUGAGAAUGAAGAGUAACGAAUUUACGAGUUGAAUGGUAAAAAAAAGAUUUGUGGUGAUUUCUUCCUUUCAAUUUUGGGUUAUUUUUAUAAUGUGCUUUCAUCUAACUUCAAGAAUUUUCAAAUAAAUUUCUUUAGGACAUGUGAUAUGAAUAGUCUUACAAAUUGAAUAAUAACUUGUCAAAAAUACUGCUAGUAAAUCAGUUUGGAGUUGUUUCUCAUAGUUUCCUAGCUCUAAAUAACAUCCACCGACUUGUUGAAUGUGUGCUUUACAGCAAAACUUGUAGAAACAACUCUAUAGCUGCCACAUUUAUUGCAUUCCACAAAAUUAGAGUCACAUUAACCGAUAAAUGAAGCGCUCAAAAUGUGUUAACUUUUGAAGUUGAUAGAACAUAACGACCCCCUACCAGCAAACAUCCUUAUCCGAUAUUAGUGUGUUCAGUGUUUUUUGUGUUAUCAGCCUGUAAUGAAAAAAAAAGUGGAAAUAUUUGGUGACAAUAUUGGAAGAACUACUUAACUGAUAAUCGUCAUUUAUACACAACGUAAUAAAACAGUUGCAGUGUAGUGCGAACUUAUUUUACUCCCAAAAGCAACAAAAGGAUAAUAAUUAUACAAGUAAACAAACCGCAACUUCAAAGGGAAUUGAAAAAUAAACAUAUUUUACUAACA